GAUUGCUCAAAAAGUGUUUUUUUUUUUUCGACAGAGACAGGGUGUACCGGUAUUUGCUACAUCUACAGACGGUUUCCUGAUAAAGAGAGUUAAUCUGACAUGCAUGAUGAGAAGAACUAGGAAAUCUUCUCGUGAUAGCUCUCAGGACUCUCCUGUGACUGACAAUGAGCGAGACAUCAUCUGGGGGGAUUCCCCUCCUCCCAGGCGGAUCUGUCUGUCAACUACGCCAGGGCGCAGGGUAACAAGAGCUAGUGCUGCUGAACAAGAUUUGACAGAUCUCAUUGAGUGCAUGCAUCCUAAGGAAAACAAAGAAUCCAGCACCCCACCUCUACUUGGUUUGUGGAUGAGGAAUAGACAGGAACCGGACUCAGAGAAGAAGAAACGUCGGCCUGCGAGACUUGCAAGAAGAACUACCGGAAGGAAGCUUUCCAGGAUAGGCCUAGACAAAGGUGUCUUGGAUGAUCUGCGUAUGUUGACAGAAUGGACAGGCAACCUUGUGGCUGUUGGGGAACACUCUGAACAUCCUGCAGAAGAUAGUGAAGCUGUGACAACGGAAGGUGCAACUGAUCCUGACGGUGGUGGGGAUGCUGAAGCUAUGGAGUGUGACAACCUAGAAGAUCUCUUUGCUGAUGAUGAUUUAACCGACAACGUGGACGGCAGUAACAUGGAGACCAGACAAGCGAUGAAGGAGAGAAGGAAGAGUUCAAAUCGCUCUUUCUCCAAUGACUUCUGGGACAGUGAUGACUGGGAUGAUGAGGAUUCCAUCAUCAGAAUAGCCACUCAAGUGGAAAAGGAAGCAUUGACUCAGCGGAUGCAGCAGAAGAAUGGUAACAUCAAAUCCCCAUUCUUGGAUGCUGAUAUGGUAUCCCCUUCUCAGAAUGGAUUAACAGUUAAUGUCCAAAGCAAGAUGUGCCAAAAUGUUAAUCAAAGUGUCCUUAAUAAUGGGAACUUUCAAAGCAAAACUACUGGUCAUGUAAAGACAACUGGGAAACUGAAUAAUGGAAGUUCUGUGACCAGAGGUGCAACAGGUGUGUCAAAACCUUCACUGACAACUCUAUCAAAAGCACAGGUCCCUGUCUCUACAAACCAUACAUACCCUCAAAGGGGAUCACAGAAGCCAUCUCAGAAACCAACAACCAUGCCUUACAGGAAAGGCCAGAUGCAUACUUCCAGAUCUCAUACAUCAACUUCUUACUCGAAGGCAGUACCUACUAUAACUAAACCAAAUACAUCAACUCAUCAUAGUGCAAAAUCUUUCAGCAACGUGAAGCCAUUGGGUACAAAAAACAAUGCCCACACUAAUGCCAAUGUGAAUAUAUCAACUGGAUCAAUACAGAAGGUCCCUGCCAAAGCAUCUUUUCCUCCCCCAGUCUCAAGGACUGCUCCUCAGCAUGCUGUUGGGCAUACAGUAACUGCUAUGGCACAGGCUGGUAAUCGCUACACCACUUGCAAUAAGUUGCCACAAGCUCCUGCAAGAGUUCCUCCAAUGAGUGAUGCCCUAAGUGCAGCUUCGGUCAAAGGUCAAACUUUCAAUGACAGUCUGGAUGAUUUGUUUGCUGGUGACAACAGCCUGCCUGAUGACAUGCUUCUAGCUCUUCUAGAUAACGAUUCUGACUUUGAAGAAUACUCCAAGAAAGCCCCAUCAACCGUUCCUGUCGGGUCCAACAACAGUACUCAGAAGCAAUUUCUAGGAAAUUCUAGUGGAAACAGUUUAGCUGCUUCAUGUAAACCCACAACGAGCAAGCCACAAAUGCAUUCAAUGAGCACUAGAGCUCAGUAUUCUUCAGGAACAUCCUCAAAAUCAAAAGGCACUAAUUCUUACACAUCUAACAAGUACUAUGCCAAAGGUCCUACACCGAAGAAUUUACCACAAACAUCCACAACUCAAGCUGUAGGAACAACACACUCAAGGUUAACCAGAUCAGCUGCUCAAAGUCCUGUAACUAGACAGACCACUAAUCACCAGACUGCAAUAUUGGAAGUGAAGAAUGCCGGUGUGGAACCUGCUGUACAGGGCCGAAGGAGCCUUUCUCAACCGGUCCCACCACCUGUGAAGGAAGGUGGCACAACAGUCCAGAGGUGCUGCAGUCAACAGGAGAUAGAGCAGAAGAGACAGGCAGCUCUGGCCAAGCGCAAGAAAAGCAAGCUUCGGGUUAGUCCCAUUACCUAACAGACAAUGUUGUGAUUCAGUCGUAUGGAUAAAUUGAAUGUUUAGCUGAACAAAGAACUGGCAAAGAAACUGGAUUUAUUUUCAUAGACUGAACAUUUUGUAUGCAUCAUCAGAAAAUUUCUUAUAGUUUGUGUGUACAUUUGCUUCUUGAUUUUGUCAUUACUGAUGGAAAAAUGGGAUUUUGGAAAAGAAAUCCUUAAUUGUUUCUCGGAAGUUCUUAUAUCAUUCUGUAAUGUAUCAUUUUGAGUAACAUUGUUUUUUAUAUUGAGGUAGCGUAGGCAAAUUUUUCAUGAAAAGUACCAGUGAAUAAAAAGUGAGGUAUAUUUCAUUAAGUUAUUCAAGAUUUUAAUAAAUGCAUCCUAUUGAUUUGCUAAAAUUUCUUAUAAUUUCAUCAGAAUAGUUUAGUCUAUUACUUGAAAAUAAUGUAGAUUUUUGUUAAAUGCUGGAAGACUUGUGAUUAUAAUGUUUAUUUUCAAUAGUUGACAAGACGAAUGCAGUUAAUAAGUAGUUGAUGAAAUGUUAAUUAAAAAUGCUGAAACUAUGUAGAAAUGAAAGAUAUCUGAUUAUAUAUUUUGUAGUUACAUGUACACAGGUUUAUUUUAAUUUGGAUCAUGGAAAGAAUUUGUUGUAUUAAAAAGAUAAUAGAGUGAAUCAUGAGUCAGUUCUUCAUAAAUACAUACAUGCUUAUGUAUUUAAACUAUUUGCUUGUCAUUUCUUUGGUUUAUUUCUUUUAUAUUCAUCAUAUUGCUUAUCUCUACUGCAGUAUUAAGUGCCUACUUCCAGCUCUAAAGAAUAAAAACAUGAAUAGCAAACAUAUUUUGGGAUCUUCCUAUGAAAGAGCAAUCAAUACCUGUAUGUUGUAUGGAUGAAGGUGUACAGGGAAAUGCACAUUGCAGUUUAGUGCGAUGAUUUUGUUGUUGAAUAGUUUACAAACGUGAACUAGUUUCUUAAAGCAAAUUAUCAAAAAUAAAACUUUAACUUUUCAAUAUUUGGACAGAAGUGUUUUCCUCAUGUUUCAGAAAAGAAAUGAUUAAGUUCUAAUAAGUAUCAUAGCUCUGCUAUCUAGGCCUUUUUAAUUUUUUUGCAUAAAAUUUAUUCUACUGAAUUAAUUUAAGUGUUUGUUUUAUCUAUUGAAUGUGUGAAAAAAAACUGUGGCAUCUACAAAAAUUGAUAAUUGUAAGCAGAGGUAAUUUUGUAUCUGCUUUAUACUUGGAAAAGAAAUAGUUAAAUUCUAAUAUGUAGUGUAGGUCAUAGCACAGCAAUCAAGAGGUAUUUUUACCAUGAGAUUUUAUUUAACCAAGUUUACAUGUAUUUCAUCCAAAAAUCUGUUGAUGUCUGCAAAAACUAGUGUAGAAACUAGACAUUGAUAAACAUGAGCAGAGGCUAUUUCAUAUCUGUUCAAUAUGACUUUUCAUUGAGAAGUACUUUUUUUUCAUUCUUUUUUGUUUGUUCUGUGGACUAGAAAUGAUUAUAUAUAUUGUAAAACCUCAUUUUAUUGGUUUAAAGCAAUCAUAUAUACAUUUAUGAUUAUAAAAAAAAACAGUUUUGCUAUUUAUCCAAGACAUGUUUGACACUGCACUGAUAUUAUCAAUUUAGCUCAUGAUGUUGCUACCUAUUAUUAUUAUUAUUGUGAAAAUUUUCUUCAUGCUUUUGAUGAUCUCAUUUGUAAAUUUAUAUAAAAGGAAAUAAUUGUUGGUUACUACGUCACUCAUUUUUAAUUGUCAGUUGUCCCAACAUACAUAGCUUAUUACUAAUAUAUGAUGUCAUCUUAUGUAAUAUGUGGAUCCUUUCAAGUUGUACAGUUCCUUAUUAUUCAUCUAAUAACGCUCUUUCUAUAUACAUUUAAAUUGAGAAUCACAUAUGUCAUAUGUCUACAUAAAUAGUGCUUUCUCAUAUUCCACUACCUUAGCAUGCCACGUAAUUUUAAACUUGGUGUUUCACAAAUAAUUAAGUGUGACUUUAAUAUGAGUCAGGCUAAGGCCUAAAUGCUGACGUGCAUAUGCGGUCUAUUGCUUAGAGCGUUGGACUCUUAAUCAUAGGGUUGUGAGUUAAUAAUAAUAGGCAUUUAUAUAGCGCCAUCUAUCUAGAAAUAUUCUAUUCUGAGG